CACACCGUACGCCGGCGCAGCGCAUAAGGGGCAAUCACCAUCACAGUGCGAAGCCUGCGCGUAUUGACGCCCGCCAGCGAUUUGACGCUAAAGAGUUGGCCCUGGGCUGCGCCGCACACAUAAGCAUACACGCACGCACGAACAAAAGCUAAUUUUAUGCGUUGGAAGGUGCAACACUUACGAGUACUUACUAUGAUUGAAUUCUAGAAUCUUACUUCCAUCCCUCGUAUAUACAUCACAGCUCUAUUCAAAUCGCCUUUUAAGCUGUUGAAACAACAAGAUGGCGGGGCAAUACAAGUAUGAUAAUGAAGGUGCACAAUUCUUAACCUUUCUUCUAACAUUCUUGUUAGCCGCUUUAUUACCAUUAACGUAUUCGCUAGUUCCUGGUCGAAGUUCUGGAAAAGGAUCGAAGCAAGGCUGGUUUGAUGCAAGAGGACAAAAGGACGAAAAUGUCAAAAAGAUCACAAAAAGGUCUUUCGCAAAUCCUAGACUGAGUGGGAAAAUCGUUUUGGUCAUAUCAGGUUGGGCUGCUGUUGCAUACCUUUUCCAUUCGAUCGCCAAUGCUGCUACAACCACUUCACAUGCAAUUUACGAUCCCUUUUCCGUUUUGGGCAUAGCUGCAAGUGCAACAGAGAAGCAAAUCAAAACCCAUUACAAAAAGUUGAGUAUCAAGUUCCAUCCCGAUAAAGUACGAUUGGCAGAAAAUCAGACAAAGGAAGAUGCCGAAUCUCAUUUUGUAAACUUGACCAAGGCUUACAAGGCUCUCACUGAUGAAACCAUUCGCAAGAACUUUGAGUUAUACGGUCACCCUGAUGGAAGACAAGAAAUGAGCAUGGGUAUCGCUUUGCCCGCUUGGGUUGUUGAAGGUCAUAAUAAUAUUUGGGUUCUCGGCAUUUACGGAAUGGUCUUUGGUCUUGCAUUGCCUUACUUGGUCGCAAGAUGGUGGUAUGGCUCACGUUCUCGUACAAAGGAUGGCUUGAUCAACGCAACUGCACAAUCAUACUUUCAGCAUUUGCGAGAAGAUACUCCACCUGCUCGUAUUCUGGCAUUAGUCGCUGUUUCGGAAGAAUUGCAAGAUCCGCUCUUUGAUAAGCGUGGUCCUGGAGCUGAUGAAGAUGAGCUUUCGCACAUGGAAAGUUUGGUUCGCGCACGAUUGCGACAAAUGGGCGAGAGAUGGCGAUUGAUCGAUCAUUUCCGAUCACAUUCAAUCCGAAAGAAUCUCAUCUUACUGUAUUCUCACGUGCUUCGCAUCGACUCCAAAUCGGCUAGAUUGACCAAGGAUCGCUACGUCAUCGGUUUAAAGGCAGAAAGACUGCUGAAUGGAAUGUUGUCCAUCUCUUUGGCACACAAUUGGAUGGAUAUGACUAUUCAAUUGAUGGACAUGUUGCAAUGUUUGGUGCAAGCCGUUCCUCCAUCUCCUGAAAUGCGCAGCGCAAGCGAAUUGAUGCAAUUGCCUGGAAUCACAUUAGAAGCAGCUCAAGCCGCUACACGUUCGAAUGCUCAGUGGGGACAUUUGGGUUUACAAGGAUUCUGGAAGAUGGGUGAUCAGGAACGUCGCAAAGGAUUACGAGUUGGUCAAUCGAACAGUCUGAUAAGCGAACAGCAAUACAAAGAAGCUGUUAGUAUUCUGGGUGAAUGGCCAAGGAUUGAAAUGGUGGAUGCUUUCUUCAAAGUUACUGGAGAAAAGAUUGUAACACCGGGUGCCGUUGUUCAAUUCAUCGUCAAAGUUCGUGCGUUGCCAUUUAAGAAGGAUGGAACUCUUUUGUUCAAUGGCGUUCGAGCAAAUUCUGAUCUCAGCAAACGUGAUACCGAAACAAGCGUGCGACCUAGCAAUGAAGAGGAGGACGAGAAUGAAAGUAAGCAAAACCCAGCUCUUGAAGGAAAGCAGGCGAUCGGCUAUGCACAUGCACCGCUCUUCUUAGAGGAAAGGAAGCCUAAUUGGUGGGUAUUCUUGGCCGAUGCGAAACAAUCACGCAUUAUUGUCCAACCAGUCAAAUGCACAGACAUUGGACCGGACGCAGUGAGAACGUUUAGCAUUCAAUUCCAAGCACCACCUCAAGUUGGAUUAUACUCUUUCCGAGCGAUGGUCAAAUCAGACGUUUAUCUUGGUUCAGAAGCGGAGAUGAGUGUUUUGCUCAAAGUGGAUGAUGCUUCAGAGCUGGAGAAUGAAGACUAUGAAGAUGACAUCUCUGACCCUGAAGAAGAUACAUUGGCUGGUCAAAUGGCAGCCAUGCGAGGCGAAAAGGUCAAAGCUGCACGUCUGGGAGACGAAGGCGAGGAUGAAAGUUCAAGCGAAGCAGAGGGAGCGCAUAAUCACGAUCACGAAGGAGAGGAUAGCGAAAGUGAUUGGGACUAAAAAGAUUUGCUGUUACUAUAGGAGGAACACACAAUGCUAGUAGCAUGGCCAAAAAUCGAU